UUUAUUUUCCCCCAGUGUAGCUGCCUCACAAAUGUGAGCUCUAGGACGCAGAGGCAUCAUUUGGGGGCAGAGGCAGCCUCAAGUGGCGCUUAAUGAAAGCGCAACAGACAACGGCAGGACCACAGGAACACGACCACACGACAACUGAGCGGGACAGGAUCUGGGGGAACCGUGGGCAGGGGCAGCAGCAUGGACGUGGGCAGGCAGGGACACGGACAGGGAGAACAAGUGUAAGAGCAGUAGAUACAGGACAACUAAAUAGGCGAACCGCAAAAACUCAUCGUCAAGGAGCGACAGAUACGGCCAGGGAAAAGUGGGAAAAUAGAUGGGGAAUCCAACUAUGCAGCCAUCAUAAAAUUCACGGUAAUUGAGAUGAAAGCAGUGAGCACAGUUCUCCGAAGGACCUCAAGCCGAUGCCGGAUCCGGAGUGGGUGCUCCGGAGGAGGAGGAGAAGCCGCUCGAACUGCGGCUGGGGCUGUCACUUAGCGCGUGACAUGUGUCAAAACAAGCGGCAACCGCAGCGAGACCGUGACCAGAGCCUCCUAGCCUGCUGCACAAGUGCAUCCACGCCAUCGUGGGAGUGGGAGUGCUGUUAAUAUCCUUCCGCAGUAGCGGUGAAAUGGAUUUGGGCGGGUGGCAGACUGAAAACCUGGGCGUGGUGGCACUCAGUGUGCGAGUUGCCGAAGCGGAAGCAGCCUAAAACCAAAAGGAGAUUGACUUUAAAUUCAGAACACAAACCGCUGCAAGCCUGAAGGACUUUUACAACAAAAAUGCAAAAUUUACUCAGAAUGUUGUUAUAAGAACAUCUUAAAGUAACCUUAUAGAAAUAGAUUGCUGACCAGUUCCACUUUACUAGCAGGUCCAC